GCGCUUAUCCUCUUCGAAACGCUAAAUUCUGCCUCGUUACCGUUUGACGGUAAACCAUCCGUUGACACACAGAGUCCGGCUGAUCGGCUCGAGCUGAUGUUGCUUCUGAUCUCGGCUUCUAACCAAACAGACUUAUCAGAAAGACAACAAAGAAACAGAAUGGCAGCCAAGGUAGGCUUGAUCUCGAUGGCAAUCCUCGUUGCGAGCUUCGCCUGCGGAGCACAGGCAGGCCGCUGGCAUGACCAGACUGGCUCUGACUGCUUCACGUGCUACACCGGCACCGAAUGCUGCCCAGGCACCCCUUCGUGGGAUCAUUGUGACUGCUAGAAGAGCGGCAAAUACCGGCCGCCGCGACGGCUUCUUUGUGUUGAGGCUUGCGA